GCAAACCAUCCGGCUGCAAACUCAUACACCCACAGUCGUUUACUGAAUAUUUAGACUAUUUUAAUCCUGCUGCGGAAAUCCUGCAAGUUGCUAAUGAUACCCAGAGGAGAAAAAUUAUAACGGGUGAAGGUAGCGGGGGUACUAUGUGGUAUCACGCAUGGUGGUGGUGGAAUCCUAAAAAUAAAAAUGACAAGGAACCUGGAUUACUCAACGCUCAUUUCAUACGUCACAUCCUGCCGGAUGUGAAAUUGUUGGCCAUUCUUAGAAACCCAGUUGACCGGUUGUUUUCUGCUUUUCUAUAUUUCGGGAAAAAAGCAAAAAAGUCUGUUAAAUUGUUCCAUAGCAUAGUGACCACUUCAGUGAACAAAUUCAACACGUGCUUAGCAAAGGAAAGCCUACGACACUGUGCUUACAAGGAAUGCACUACUCCGACUAGCUUGUGUCUUGGCUUAUACGCUGUGUACCUAAAAGACUGGAUGGACAUUUUUCCCCGGAAACAACUUCUCGUCCUCUCAUUAGACGAAUACUCGACGAACCCGUCAAUGACCAUGUUGAAAAUACAUAAGUUCCUUGAUUUACGUGAUAUUGGUAACGUUGCAACUACAGCAAAACAUCACAAUGAAAGAAGACCGUCAACCCGAGCAGUAGGGCAGAUGCUCAACGAGACCAGACAUAUAUUGGAACAAUUUUAUAAGCCGUUCAAUGACGCACUCUUUCUAUUAUUGAACGACACAAGAUUUCUUUGGAAAACAUGAUGCACUUUUACAUCCUUGUGUCUUUAGAUAGUUUGUGGCAUAGCAUAGUUUCUGUGAAGUGUAUAAAUAGUAAAUCUGUUCAAUGUAUGCAUACACUAUUGAUGUUUCUAUGGAGUAUGUCAUUUCAAAAUAUGUUUCUAUGGAGUGUGUAGAUUAGGAAUAUAGGCUGUGGAGUUUGUAAAUAAAUAUUGUAUUUCUGAGGAGAGUGUAGAUGAAGAAUGUUUUUCUGUGCAAUGUGAGAAUAUGAAAUGUAUUUCUGUGGAAGGUGCAGAUAAAAACUUUAUAUAUCUGUGAAAUAGUUCUCGGUGGAAUAUAAAAUGUGAUGAAUUGUACAGCAAGAACAGGUUGGAAUAAAAUUUAAUCAUUU